UUUGAUGUCUUUCAAGGGAAUAAAUAAGAGCACGACCCCGUUGAAACUAAAACCCUGUCCUUUUUAAAAAAGAGACUCAGACAUCAGUCAAAAUUUCACUACUUCGGGCACUGUUAAGACGGAUAAUGGAGGAAAACGAUUCAGCCGAGGAUGAUUCUCAACUGCCGCAAGGUCUUCUUAUUGACGACAAUGAGAUGGAGGAUGGGGAAGAGCAACCAUUCGAUAUUUCACUCCCCGCGUCACACUCGUACAUGGGCCCAGCGCAAGCGGCAGACGGUUGCGCGCGCGCCUUUGAGCCUGGCUGGCUGGGCCGCGUGCCUGUCAUAGCGCAUCACGGUAUCGUGUUUCCCGGCGAGACGGUACCCAUUCUGUUCACGCAAGACGCGGACAUGCUGUCGCACUCCGUCCACCAGGACAAGGUGUUCGGUCUGCUGUGCCCCGACGAGGGCGGGGUCAUGGCGUCAGGCUACGGCGUGCUUUGCGAGGUGUACGAGGUGCUGCCGCCAGCCGACAAUCCGGAGGGACGUGGCGACGGCUCGGCGCCGCUGGUGUCCUUCAAGGCGCGCGCUACGCACCGCUUCCGCUGCCUACAGAUGCCGCGGCGUGUGGUGCCAGUGAACGCCUUUGAACGACUGCGCUUCAUGGAGGUUCGAGUGCUAGAGGACGUGAACUUCGGCGACCCACUGCAGCAAGUGCGCCUUAAUAGCCUCGACGCACAGCGCAACGAUGGCUCGCGGACGGCGCGGCGCCUGCGCAGCAUGGAUGCGAUGCUGACGCCGUGGCCGCUGUUCGUGUACGAAAUCUUCGACUUCCGACGCAUGCGCCGCAAGAUCCGCGAGUUCUUCAAGAGCAUGGCGCUCGAUAACAUCCCCGAGGACCCGUUGGAGCUUUCGUUCUGGACCGCGUCAAACAUGGCGCUGACGCCACGCGACCGACUUGCGCUCUUCGUUGUGGACGACGUUCUGUUGAGGCUACACAUGGAGGUGCGGCUUAUCUCGAAGAAGAGCGUGCUUUGCUGCGCGGCGUGUGCCAUCGAGAUCACGAGGCGCGACUAUAUCUUCGCGAUGUCCACCGAGGGAGUGCACUCAAACUACAUCAACUUGAGCGGGAUUGUGCACGACAUCAUCACGGUGUCACGCGUUGACAACACGCGCUCAAGUGGCGCCGCGUCGGCGGAGUACUCGUGGUUCCCGGGCUACGCCUGGACCAUCACCGUGUGCGAAGUCUGCCGCUCGCACGUGGGCUGGAGGUUCGACGCGCAGCGCCGCAAGUUACGGCCUCAACGCUUCUAUGGGCUGUGUCGCAAUUACGUGUUGCCCCGCUUUGAUGGCAACCUGCCCGUGCAACCACGCACGUCGUCGCGCACGCGCCGCCUAACCAGUAGGCCGCCCGACCGUGCGCAACCAGCUGGUGGUGUAUGGCGAUCCGAAUGACAACCUUGAACUCACUCCACGGACUAUAAAGAUAACUAGAAUAGUAAAAGGGAGAUAUUUUAUUUAAGUUACUUGUUUGUUGGCAUCCGAUUUAACUGAUAUUUGACAUACACAUGUAACUUCGGGGAUAAGGCGGCGUCCAUAAAUUACGUCAGGUGUCUUUUUAAAUUGUCUGUCCCCCGUGUGAGAUUUUAUUUUACCCCCUCCACUAUCCCCCAAUCUCACGAAAAAAAAGAAAAAAAAAUUGCUUCGUGCUUUUACAUACAACUAGUUAAGACUAGUAAUCAACAUUGCUGAGAGUUUAAAUUUAAGUGUGAUAAAAAUUUAACAAAUAAAUUGUGUGAUA